ACGACAAUAGCCUAUGCGAACUGGUCGUAUGAUAUAAUAGAAUUGCUCACCGUACGAGGGAAAUGUCAAUAUAAAAGCGUCCUGACAUACUUAACUGAAACCGCAGGACAAUCCACACCAUCAGCGAAGUCUCAAAAUGGAAGAACCAACCUACGACCCCAGCCGCCCGAUGCCUGCUAUCAACAUCAUUUACCAAUACAAGCUUACCCAUACCCCGGGCAAGAGCAUUGUCGGCCUUCGCGUUGAAUUCCCCCCAAACGGGUCCACCCCCCCGCAUCGUCACGGGGGCGCUGCCGUUGCGGCUUAUGUUGUGAGCGGAACACUCCUGAACAAGAUGAACGACGAUCCGAUGAAAGUGAUUGAGACGGGUGGUUCGUGGUAUGAGGCGCCGGGUUGCCAUCACCGCAUCAGCGAUAAUGCCAGCAAAACGGAGCCGGCGGUCUUGAUAGCGACGAUGGUAUUGGAUACGGAGGCUUUGGAGCGGGAUGGGAUGGAUGCAUUAAUCCAGAUCGACGAGGAAUAUAGGAAGUAACUUGGCUUAUGUACAAAUGCUUACUGGAGAAGGUGCUAGGUAUAGCGUGGCCAUAUAGGAAACAUUUCUAAGUUGUGAGAUGCCAUCGAAUCGAACAACGUGCAGUAAUU